CUAAAGUAUGCAGGUGUGGUUAGCAUUGACUAUUUUGUUAGUAUACGUAGCUUUCACGUUCCUCGUGGGAGUCGCUAUUUCCUUGAUGAGCCCACGAACCUGUGUCCUGAUGCAGUGCAACGCCAGGGCCAAGUUGAUGAAGGAGAGCAUCGACUCUGAUAUUCAACCGUGUGACAACUUCUACCGAUUCACCUGUGGAACAAUCGCAUCCAACCGUACAAAGAACGCGAUGACUGUCUGGGACGACAUCGAGAAGAAGCAACUGACUCGCCUAGCGAUGUUUCUGGGUCGGGAGAUACGAAGCGAUGAUCACUGGAUGUUGGUGGCAGCCAAAAGGUUAUAUCAAAACUGUGUGGACCCCAGUAAACGUAUCGAUCACGAAAGUAUGGAGACGUUUUUAGAAACGGUAGUGUUUACCGGGGGCUUCCCUCUACACGAAGAUAUUAUCGAAGUUCAAAAUGCGAACGCAGACGAGGCUAGAGCUCGAUGCUUCGGCCUGGAAACUGCCAACUUAUUCUAUAUGACUAUUGUCAAUAUCCACUUAUCGCCCGAUCCUAUCCCUCGAAUUUCAGUACCAAAAGCUCUCAGGAAUAAAUUCCUCCCGAGUUUCGAUAAUCAAGUCGAAUUCGUAUCGGAAUUGUAUAAAAUCCUGGGGAAACACGAAACAGUACCGGAUAAAGUGCAAAGGGACAUCAAAGAGACAGUCAGAUUUAAAGAGGAACUGUGGAGGGCCGCCAGCAGCGAGCGCCAAGGCUUGAAGACCUACAAUAUGGUUGAUUUAAAAGGAUUUCUUUAUGAUACGGACUUGAUAUUUGUCAAUAUUUUAAAGGCCAUUCAUAAAUUAUUACCUGAUCAAAAACUUACAGACAUCUUGAUAAGCAGCGGCUUUGAAUCAUACAUUAUGGAACUAGAUAAAUUGCUUGAUAAGACAGAUUAUAAAAUAGUAAGAAACUACUCGGUCAUAGAGAGUGUGAUAGCACAUAUACUGUUUUUCCCGAAACCUGUUAGAGAUAUCUAUGACAAAUAUAUGAGAAAUUCAGAUGAACCGUCUAUAGAGAAUAUUGCACACAAAAAACUGACUUGCGCAAACAUAUUAAGAAGGAAAAUGGCCACUAUAUUAUCUUCGAUUUAUAUUCGACUUUACUCACCCCCAGUAGCCACGUACGCCAGGCUGUACUCCAUGAUCCGUUACGUACACAAAGUCAUGAAACCUCUGAUUAGUAGAGCCGACUGGAUGGAGUCCAAGGACAAACGGGAUACGAACAUUAAUUUAAAUUACGUUUCAGUGACCAACCCUCUUCCUGACGACGUGCUCAAGUAUUUCAAAAACAAAACCGAGUUUGAAGAAUAUUGCUCUGCUUUUUGUUUCGCAGAUAUAACAGUAUUCGAUGAUUUUUUAACUCUUAACACGGUGAUAGACAUAUACAACUGGCUACAUUUGAAUACCACUGUAUUGCCUUGGAAUAUGUAUCAAGAAUAUCACGAUGUAUUCUCAACUAAUAUUUAUUACGAUCAGGCAAGAAAAAGUAUUAUCGUCCCAAGCGGGCUGUUGAGGUAUCCAAGUUAUUACAGCCAGUGGCCGAGGUACCUGAACUUUGGAGGUUUUGGAAGUUUGCUGCUUCACGAGCUGAUUAGAGCACUCGACUUCGCCGGGGUCAACUACGGAGCGUCAGACUUAGACGCAGACUUAUGGUCCAGCUUUGCUAAAGAGAACUACGACAAAAAGAGACGGUGCUUUCUAGAGCAGUACAACAAGUACGUGUCCCAUCUCACUGGGACGAAAUUGACAAAUCUCAACACAGUUAACGGAAUCAUUCAAGACAAUACGGCCAUCGCCGUGGCUCAUCUAGCAUACCAGGAGUACAAAAAGACUCGAUUUUUUCCAGAGGCCAAACUGAAGCAUUGGUACGGUUACUCGGUGGAUCAGCUGUUUUUCAUCAACUAUGCCACUUACUACUGCACGAAAUCUGAUAAAAUAUACGUCAAAGGAAUGACAGAUAAAGAGGUUGCCAGACACUCCCAUGAAUAUAAAGUCGUGAGCAGCUUAAGGAACUAUCCAAAAUUCAGUGAGGUAUUCAACUGCAAAAUAGGAGACGGAAUGAAUCCUGCAGAUAAGUGCAGUGUGUUUUGAUUUUUACAGUUAAGACUACUUAUUGUUAAUAUUUAUUAAUUUAACUUUCUUCUGACUAUAGUUUAUUUCUCCUAAUUAUUAUAAUUUCUUCUCAUCAAA